GGUCAGAUCUAGCAGUUAACAGGAGAACACACUUAGGUCCUUGAAAUCUUUUCUGAACAGUUCAGUCUUUAGCUACCACUUAUAAAGGCCAGAGACUACAGCUCUGUCAAUGACUUGAACUGCAUUCCACAGCCAUGGUUUUAUUCUGUUCUGGGGCUGUUGAAGGGAUCCGGAGGAGCGAAUGGAGAGUUCCAACGGACCUGUGAAGAGGUCUAUGAGGGAGAAGGCCAUCGAACGGCGGACCACCAACAAGGAGCACAACAGCAACUUCAAGGCCGGCUAUGUGCCCAUUGAGGAGGAGCGCCUGCACAAGACCGGCCUGAGAGGACGGAAGGGCAACAUGGCUGUCUGCAUCAUAGUCCUGCUCUUCCUCCUCGCACUCAUCAACCUCAUUAUCACUCUGGUCAUUUGGACUGUGAUCCGCAUCGGGCCCAGUGGUUGUGACAGUAUGGAGUUCCAUGACAGUGGGCUGCUACGCUUCAAACAGAAAGCAGACAUGGGUGUUAUCCACCCGCUACACAAGAGCACUGUGGGGGGAAGGAAGGACCAGGACCUGGUUAUCACCGGCAACAACAACCCAGUGGUGUUUCAGCAGGGCUCCACUAAGCUCAGUGUAGAGAAGGAGAAGACGUCCAUUACCAGUGACAUGGGCAUCUCCUUCACUGACCCACGCACUCAGAACACCUACUUCAGCACAGACUUUGAAAACCAUGAAUUCCACCUGCCUAAAGGAGUCAAAGUACUCAGUGUUAAGAAAGCCUCCACAGAAAGGAUCACCAGCAACGCUUCCUCUGACCUGUCCAUCAAAGGGGACAGCAAGGCGAUCAUCCGUGGCAACGAGGGAGUCUUUAUCAUGGGCAAGACAGUGGAGUUCAGGAUGGGAGGGAAUAUUGAGCUCAAAGCUGAGAACAGUAUCGUUCUAAACGGCUCGGUGAUGGUGAGCGUCAGUCGCAUGCCUAACUCCUCAGUGGGAGCCAACGUGUAUUUCGACGAGAGCCUGUUGAGGUACAAGUUGUGUAUGUGUGCAGAUGGAACUCUGUUCCGGGUCCAGGUGAAGUAUCAGAACAUGGGCUGCCAGACCUCUGAAAACCCCUGUGGAUCGGCCCACUAAGAGACUGGAAGAGAAACUAAUGUUACACCCUCGGUUAUAUUCUGCAUUCUUCUUUGGUCAAGUCUGGCCAACUGCUGUUGAAAAACCCUAGAACAGUGUGCAGUGCAUACUGCAAACACAUUAGAAAUGUAACAACCCGAAAACACUAUUUUAUGGUGGCCUUUUUGUUAGUCUGCGUAUCCGCUUGGCCAAAGAUCUCCAGAGAAGUGCUGGAGUAUUAUUAUUUUGUUUAGAGCAGCAUUACAGACGCAGCUUUAUACCAAGCCGUCCCACAUUAAUAACACUUCUGGGUACUCCUGUUGAUAAUCAUUUGUUUAUGUAUAGAUUACACUGGCAGCUGUGUGUCUCACAAGUACAAGUCUGUCUGUGUUUGAAAUCAGCCAUGGACCGUUAAGGGCUAAAUUCAAUCAAACCUGCAUUGCAAUUUUUACGCAUUAGUUCUUAUUCCAUUGGCUGAAUAAACUCACUGUCUGGUUUGGGUAAAAACCUACAACUUCUAGCAGGCUGGUCUUGGGUACCUCAUGAUUACCAACUACUAUCAGACUGGUCUUGGGUACCUCAUGAUAAACUAAAUGCUAGCAGACUGGUCUUGGCUACCUCAUGAUAACAUACAAAUACUAGCAGACUGGUCUUGGGUACCUCAUGACAACCUACAACUACUAGCAGACUGGUCUUGGGUACCUCACGGUAACCUCCAGAAAUACUAGCAGACUGGUCUUGGGUACCUCAUGAUAACCUACAAAUAUUAGCAGACUGGUCUUGGGUACAUCAUAGCCUACUACCAGGGUGACUUUCUUUACAGGUAUGCUUUAACUUCUCAGAAAUUGAAUGGGAAGUAAAUGAAAUUGCGUAAAGAUUGCUGUUGUAGUUUUGAAUGAAUCCCAGACUCGGGGUUGUGGAUCAUUAUAUUUAUUAUUGGUUACGGUUAGUUAAGGAGUUAUUUGUUGGAGUUAGUGGGAUAUGUGGAAGGGUUAGCACUUCACUGAAGUAAUAGUAAACUUAAUUUUAUCCGUCCAGUAUUACUAAUAGCAGGAAAAACACUGCUCUUGUUUUAAGGUCUAGUGAAUUUUUUUUAUGGUAGGACUCUCAGAUCUUUCUUCAUUGCUGCCUACAUCUGCCUUCUCAUCCUGUAUGUGCCAAACAGUUUUUCUGAUCCUUCACAAGGAACAAGAUUAAAAUGUAUCUAGUUAAAAUGCCAAAUGGAGUUUAUUUUCAUUAGUCUACACAACAUAAUAUUGUCUACUGGUCCGAAACAGGAACAUACUUGCACUAAGAUACACUACAGAUGAUUGCAGUUCGCAAAUAAAUAUUCAUGAAGCUUUUUGUGUUUGUUUUAAAUUAUAUAUUUUGAUAACAUGGGUUUUGAAAUAAUCAUUAUUGAGUGAUAUUUUGUGCAAUAUAACACAAAGUGGCAGUGCUACAUUUGUGCUGUCUAUUUACUUUGAGCUUAGUGGCAGUUAUUUAAAAUGCUAAAUAUGUGCAUCAAAUUGUUGCUACAGUGACAAUGUACUUGUAGAAAUGUGGUUAUCAUCUCAAACCACAAUUCUGGACUUCAUGCCUGUUUUUAAGGAAUAUAUUGUUUGAUAACGGAACCUUUAGGUCAAGCAUUAAAAAACUGUUUUAAUAAAGAGGUUUGCUGUGUUUGAAAA